AUGAUUCAAUAUGCGUCCAAGCAUAUUAAUGAAGUAGAUAAAUUUCUAUUAAUCGUUUCUGGUGAUAUUCUCUCACUAUUACUUGAUGAUCCAAUUUAUAAUUAUCCACAAGUUAAAACAAUUUAUGUAUAUUAUAGUAAUGAUCAUGAUCUGGAACGAGAUAAAAAUGCCUAUCAAAUCAAAUAUGCAAAACUUCGGUUUUUUCAUGAAAACGUAAAAACACAAAUAAUAGGAAAAUUAAUGGUUGAUUAUGCUAUAAAUUCACCAAGAUCGAUUGAACAUGAAACAUUAGAUAGUGCUGUAUCAUCGAUAGAACAACGUAUUAGUACUAAACUGUCAAAUAUUGUCAGUUGUCAUUCACCAAAAUCAAAUCGGCUUUCUAACACAACGACACAUAAUUAUUCUAUCAGAACUAUGGAAGAAAUUUCAUCCCAUUCUAUAUGUUCAAAGUGUAAAUUAGUAUUUCGUGAGUCUUAUCAGUUCAAUUGUGGACAUCGUACUUGUGAAUCAUGUACUAGUUUCAUAAAUAAUCAAAGAGUCUGUUUAAGAUGUUUUGAAGUCUCAUCCUGGCAAAAUAUUCAAUCUGAUCGUGGUUUUUCUCGAGACAUACAACAGAAAUUAAUAUCUUGUUCCAUGUGUACUUGGAUUGGAUCUUCCGAAAUCUAUCAAUAUCAACAAAACAAUCUUGACCAAACUGUAGAUACGAGUGGAACACAACAAGAUACCAUGUCCAAUGUUUUUUCUUCUUCAUGUAGUAUAUUUUUACCACAUCAUAGUAGUAUGACUAAUAAUCAACAACAAAUUCAUAGUAUAAUUCGUCAUAAUCACAUAUUAUUUCAAACUCUUGCUCAAAGUCUCAGUAUUAAUUAUGAUUUUAUAGCUCAAGAACUUAGAUCAAUACAACGAAUUUUAGAUGAUGCAUUAUCUACUUCUUAUUGUGGUGAAUAUAUCUGGAAAAUAACCGACAUUCAACAGAAAAUAGGUAUUUAUUAA